GUUCAACGAACAUCCUGCCGCAUGAUCCUCCCAACAUGACACGCUUCAUGCCAGGAGAAACCGCAAUGUCCGAUCACGUCUCAAACUACUCUGCGCUCGAACAGCACGACAAAGGCCGUGUCGCGGAUUCCGAGCAGAACCGCCUAGCACUGCAAGAUCCCCACACCCAACGCGCCGUGCCUUUUGGCUGGUGGUGGGAGUUCGGCGCCAUUGUUCUAGCCCUUUUAAGUACCAGCGCCAUCAUCGCACUUGUAACGAUGAUAGACAACCAGCCCAUUUCAUCCUGGUCGCUAUUUAUUCAACCCGCUUCGCUCGUAGCUAUCCUUUCUACAAUUGCGAAAUCAGCACUGCUUUUGCCUAUCGCUGUGUGCCUGAGCCAACUCAAAUGGAAUCAUUUUGAGAGACCAGCGGACCUCGCGCAUAUGCAGUUGUUUGAUGAUGCGAGUAGAGGGCCUUGGGGGUCGUUGGUUUUCUUGUGGAAAACGAGGGGAGUCGCGUGGUUGGCAGGGGUGGGGGCGUUGAUCACAGUGCUGAUGACAAUGUUUGAGUCUUUCACGCAGCAGGCGAUUCAUUUUGAGGAGAAAGUUGUGCUACUGAAGAACGAGACGGGAAGCAUUCCAUUUGCUCGCACACUUUCCAAUGAUCAGUUUGCGUAUGGCGCAGUUUUGAGCGCUAAAGUUCGACUUGAGUUUACGAUUGCCAUGAUGGAGGCCAUGUUGGAUAAGUCCUCGGUGUACACAUCCGCUGCAAAAUGCCCAGGCAAGGAAUGUCGUUUUCCAGAUUUCACCUCUCUGGCAGCAUGCGCAUCUUGCGAAACUGAAGCUGUUCAGGUCAACAAUGAGUUCGGCUGCACAUAUUAUACCUCUUCAUUGCCAAAUACAACUGAAGGGAUAGUGGAGCGCAUAGACUACAAGGAGUUUAAGGAGUUUCAAGAUGCCGCCUCAAAUGACUUAGGACAUGGAUUGAGCAGCUACGGAAUGGACUGCAAGAAAGAAAAAGCGGACUUUCCGCCUUUACAUAUGAACAUGGAAGUUCAAACAUCGAACGAGACAUGGGCCUUACUCCGUGGGCUAGGGCAACCCCAAGGCUCACAAGGGGGUCUGUCUGAAGAUUAUGUCUUUGGCAACACAUAUCUUCAUACCAACGGAUCGUACUUUGACACCAGGUUUACAGGCAGCUCCUUCCGCUUUUGUACCUCAGGCUACAAUGGAUAUGUCAGUCCGAACAACAGCGCCUUCGACACUAUCGACACGUUCUCUUGCCUUGAGACAUGGUUCGAUCCAGGCAACAUCUCAGCCCCUGAGACAUUUGGCCAAUUUCCCAGCAACAUAACCCACUGCCGCAUUAACUUCUGCGCGCAAGAAUAUGCAAACGUGCUGAUCCGCAACGAUACGCUGGAAAUCGGAUCCACUAAGGAAAAACCACUGCAGAGACGCGAAACCAUAGACUUCGGCGACAUACGCGCCACAGUUGACGGCGUUCAGGGCAACUUCGUCAUCGGCUCAAACGCACGAGACAAACUUACGCAAGCAAUCGAGACAAUACUGUAUUCUGACGACUUUGCAGAAUUCAUGGACCAGCUUACUACGCGCCCUGAUGUGGGCUGGGCAGCUGUGUUUGAAAAAAUUGGAAUCGUGGCAACGAGUUACAUCCGGAGUAACGCCAAUGCCGAUCAACUAACGGGAGGAGGCAUCGUGUACGCAUCACAGCAAUUCUUCAACAUCACGUGGGGUUGGCUUGUUAUGCCAUUCAUGAUGGUGUGCGUGUCAACUGGGUUUCUGGUGGUGACGGCAACGUAUAGUAGGAGAAAGAAGUACUUAUUUAAGAACUCGAUUCUUGCGGCAAUUUUGUAUGGCGUGAAUGGGUGGCGGCCCGAUGAGACAAGGAAAGUAGAGAACAGGGUUGCUGACACUGAUCUGGUACGGAUGGUGCGGGGAGUGAAAGCAACGUUAAUUGUUGAGAGUGAAGGGCGGUUGAAGGUUGUCGAAGAGUAGUAGCUAUAGAGAUCAUAUUUUCUUUGAGCACCUCCUAGUUAUGUACCUACGCAACUGUACGUCUUUGCGAGCGUUACUCCAUCUCAUCUCACG